UUCUCAGCCUAAUUUCAGCCAUGAAGAUACUUUACCUUCUCUUUGCUGUCUUCUUCCUAGUGCUGCAAAGCACUCCAGGAUUCGCCAAUGUCAAUCACCAGAAUACUACAACUAAGUCUGCCACGACUACUGCAUCUCCUAUAAAGACUCCUGUUACCAUCCUACAAUGUAUACGUGUAGGGGGCUUCUGCUUCGGUAUAUGUCUCCCCCCUUUUAGACCGAUGGGAACCUGUGGUUUUGGGGUCCCUUGCUGCACAUUUUCGUAUCCUCUUGCGUGAUGGCAGCAAAGAUUGUCCAUGCAGGAUCUCUGAGAAUCUUCUGAUGACACCUUGCUUCUGAAAUCAUUGGGUCCUUUUUAUCUGGGGUAUAAAUAAUCUUGCAAGCUGGAAAAAGUCCACGGGGAGCCCUUG